AGGGUAUAUAGGGUAUAGGUCAAUCUAUGUAGAUGGGUCAGUCACGAUUACUACCCCAUUUCGGGGGCACAAUCAGCGUCAUGCAACAUUACAGUGCCUAAACAAUGAAAGGCUUUUAGUGGCCCCCGCAAAAACCCCAAAAAGUAGACACUGCCACACACCCAGCCCGUUCGCACGCAGCCACUAAUGACCCACGCAUCGAUCCCGUUUUUUUUUUGUAUUUUCACUCCUUUGUGUGUGUGGGAUUUGUCCUUAGGUUAGUCCUUCAGGCAAGCUGACACGAGCCAGAGCUGCUCUGGUCGCUGGAUUAUUGGUGGACCAUUGACUGUGGCCUCGACCGGGGCGAGCAAUGUUUCUGAAACGAAAAUGCCGCAAGAGAAACGCGUCCACGAGUCCACCAGGCGGCAACGAGCCCUCGAGACUCUGGUCAUCUUCCGUCGGAGUCUCAUCUACCAGACGAAGGAAUUCUUCCAGAACUCCACCCUCCACGGCGUUCGCUACAUUGCCGAAACGGGUCGUCCCAUCGGUGAGAAGUUCAUGUGGUUCUGCUUCACAUCGAUUGGUGCCGUCACCGCUCUGGUCAUCAUCAUGAGCCUGUGGGAGAAGUUCCAAACGAAUCCGACCAUCACCGGUCUGGACACGGACUUUCACAACCAGAAUGUCGUCUUUCCCACAACAAUUGUCUGCCCAGAGGCGGCCUUCGAUCAUGAAAAGUCCUAUGCGGCGGUCUACAAAAGUUUGGCGAACUAUGACGAUACGCACGCACAGAUGUUUGCCCCAUUCUUAGAGCUACUCACAUCGCUCAACUUCGGCAACAUUCGCGACGCCAAGGUGCUGUCGGAGUCGAUACCCAAGGACCAACUGGAGGAGCACACCAUCAGGCAGUGGGCGUUCGAGGGCCACAUCAGUUGCGAGAAUACCUUCGUGUCGUGCAAGUAUCGCGACGAGGACAUACCCUGCUGCGAUCACUUCGAGCCCAUCUAUACGGAGCACGGCUUCUGCUAUGCCUUCAACAGUCGCUUCAAGUCCACGGCCACCGAAGACAUCAAGACGGGAGCCCCGCACGAUCUCUACGAGACGGACAAGAAGUGGGCCCUCUUCUUUGUGCCCAACAGCACCUCCAGGAUUUUCAUCUUUUCGAAUGAGGAGUACUUUGGAUCGGACUUCAAUGCACAGAUCGACUGGUCCGAGAGCCAGCUGGUGGAGGUGCGGAUCUCCAAGAAGAACACCUACACCACGGACGAUGCCCGCCAGCUGUCCAUCGGCCAGCGAAAGUGCAUCUUCAGCGAUGAGGUGAAGCUCAACUACUUUCCGGACGUGUACACGUUCUCCUCCUGCAUGAAGCAGUGCCGCAUGAACAAGGCCAUCAAGCUGUGCAAGUGCAAUCCACCCUUCUACAAGCCGAUAAACAACGUUCCCAUGUGCAUGGUCAAGGACUUUGACUGCCUCGACGAGUUCAAGGCGAAUAUUACCAACAUCAAGGACUGCCUGCAAUGCGAGCUCAGCUGCUCCAAGACUGUGUUCAACAUUGACAAGCUAAUCAAGAUAAUGGAUCGACCCGAGAGUACGGGAGUACUGGUCGAGUUCCUCACAUGGCCCAUCAUCCGCUACAAGCGUGAGGUUCUCUUCGGCUGGGUGGAUCUGCUGGUGUCCUUCGGGGGCAUUGCCAGUCUCUUCCUUGGCUUUUCGCUGCUAUCUGGCGUUGAGAUCAUUUACUACUUCACGCUGCGCGCCUGCUGCAUGGUCUACAAGAAUCGCCAAGAGCUAUAUGAGAUCGAGGAGCGGAUUCGUAAAGAGCCUCCCCCAUCGAUUGAUCUCCAGCUGCGGCUCAAGUCGCAUUCAACACUGAGGAUGGGCACCCCUCCCACCUCGGCGGUGCUGCAGGUGAAGCCCGUGGGGGAGGGAGGCGGAGGAUCUCAGCGAAAACACGAAAUGAGCUUUUAUAACCACACAAAGAAUUUGUAUCGCAGCCCCAAAGUUUUGCCCGAUCAUGGGUAUGGAUCCACCACCAUGAAAUCUUGGAAAGCGUCCGAUCAGGCACAGUAUAUUCCUUGAGUUUCGUGAAUUGAAAGCAAUCGAUAACAGCCUUCGAUGACAGCAAAGUAGUAUAUACCAAUCGAUAACAGCCUUCGAUAACAGCACAGUAGUAUUUUACUUGAGUUUCGGGAAUAUUUCGAAUCGAAAGACGUCGAUAACAGCCUUCGACGAUAGCUUGGUCGAUAACACCGAUUAACACUGGGUGGCAGAUAAUUGUAUUCCUUAAAUAUCGUACCGCCUGCCCAUUUAGGAGGAGGCGUCGCUGCGGAGUGUGAAUUUUGAAUUGCGGUCUUGCUUUUAAUUAAAUAUAUAUAUCAUAUAAAACUAUAUCAAAAUAAAUAACCAACAUACCAAUACGUACAGCACAGUAAUAAAGAACGUACAUACA